AUGGAAAAAGCUGUGAUACACUUCAUCAUCCUGGUGGCCAUCUCAGUGCCAGUUUCCGAUGUCAUGGUAACUCUCAACAGCACAGACUUGGUGGAGUUCAACAGCUCUGUCCGUCUGUCCUGCUCCUCCUCUGGAUCCUCUCUCUCUUUCCUCUGGCUGAACGGCAGCUCUGAGGUUACAGCCAGUGACAGAGUUCAGCUCACCGAUGGAGGCUUCACUGUCACUAUAGUCAGUGUGACCCGCUACGACCAGGGACCAUUCAAAUGUCAGGUGUCCAACCCAGUCAGUAAUGGAGCAAGUGCUCCAAUAAACCUCUUCAUUAACUUGCGUGUUGCCAGUGUUGUGGUAACUUCAAACACAACAGACAUGUUGGAGUACAGUACUGUCCGUCUGUCCUGCUCCUCCUCUGGAUCCUUCCUCUCUUUCCUCUGGCUGAACAGCAGCUCUGAGGUCAAAGAAAGUGACAGAGUUCAGCUCAGUGAUGGAGGCUCCACUCUCACUAUAGUCAGUGUGACCCGCUAUGACCAGGGACCAUUCAGGUGCCAGGUGUUUAAUCCUGUUAGCAAUGACACCAGUGGUCCAGUAAACCUCUCCAUCAACUAUGGCCCAGAAAAUAUUAUUCUCACAAUAUCUCCGUCACAAGAAAACUAUGUGGAAGGGUCAGACAUCACCCUGUCCUGUUCAGCUGACUCAAGACCUGCUGCCCUGUUCCAGUGGUUUCUGAAUGGAGAUCUGCUGUCUGAUACUGGACCAGAGCUCAGACUGAUGAACAUUCAGGAGAGUCAAAGUGGGAACUACAGCUGUCAAGCCUUUAACAAUAAAACUCUGAGAUAUGAAAUGUCUCAGCCUGCAGCCAUCUCUGUACUGGUGCGUGUUGCCAAUGUUGUGGUAACUUCAAACACAACAGACAUGUUGGAGUACAGUACUGUCCGUCUGUCCUGCUCCUCCUCUGGAUCCUUCCUCUCUUUCCUCUGGCUGAACAGCAGCUCUGAGGUCAAAGAAAGUGACAGAGUUCAGCUCAGUGAUGGAGGCUCCACUCUCACUAUAGUCAGUGUGACCCGCUAUGACCAGGGACCAUUCAGGUGCCAGGUGUUUAAUCCUGUUAGCAAUGACACCAGUGGUCCAGUAAACCUCUCCAUCAACUAUGGCCCAGAAAAUAUUAUUUUGACAAUAUCUCCGUCACAAGAAAACUAUGUGGAAGGGUCAGACAUCACCCUGUCCUGUUCAGCUGACUCAAGACCUGCUGCCCUGUUCCAGUGGUUUCUGAAUGGAGAUCUGCUGUCUGAUACUGGACCAGAGCUCAGACUGAUGAACAUUCAGGAGAGUCAAAGUGGGAACUACAGCUGUCAAGCCUUUAACAAUAAAACUCUGAGAUAUGAAAUGUCUCAGCCUGCAGCCAUCUCUGUACUGGCGCGAGUUGCCAAUGUUGUGGUAACUUCAAACACAACAGACAUGUUGGAGUACAGUACUGUCCGUCUGUCCUGCUCCUCCUCUGGAUCCUUCCUCUCUUUCCUCUGGCUGAACAGCAGCUCUGAGGUCAAAGAAAGUGACAGAGUUCAGCUCAGUCAUGGAGGCUCCACUCUCACUAUAGUCAGUGUGACCCGCUAUGACCAGGGACCAUUCAGGUGCCAGGUGUUUAAUCCUGUUAGCAAUGACACCAGUGGUCCAGUAAACCUUUCCAUCAACUAUGGCCCAGAAAAUAUUAUUUUGACAAUAUCUCCGUCACAAGAAAACUAUGUGGAAGGGUCAGACAUCACCCUGUCCUGUUCAGCUGACUCAAGACCUGCUGCCCUGUUCCAGUGGUUUCUGAAUGGAGAUCUGCAGUCUGAUACUGGACCAGAGCUCAGACUGAUGAACAUUCAGGAGAGUCAAAGUGGGAACUACAGCUGUCAAGCCUUUAACAAUAAAACUCUGAGAUAUGAAAUGUCUCAGCCUGCAGCCAUCUCUGUACUGGGUAAGUUUCAGUGA